AUGAACUUCUCCUCCCCACGUCCCACCUCAGCAUCGACAGCAUCCUCCUCUCCUUCCCCCAUAACCGCCGCCGCCGCCACCACCACCUCGACUUCCUCCGCCUCCAAGAGCAGCUCCACCACCCCGGCCUGCGCCGCGUGCAAGUACCAGCGCCGGAAAUGCGAGCCCAACUGCCUCCUCGCCCCCUACUUCCCCUAUGACCGCCAGCACCAGUUCCUCAACGCCCACAAGCUCUUCGGCGUCAGCAACAUCACCAAGGUCAUCAAGAACCUCGCCCCGCACGAGAAGGACGAGGCCAUGCGCACCAUCAUCUACCAGUCCGACGCCCGCGCCCACGACCCCGUCCUCGGGUGCUACCGCAUCAUCCGCGACCUCCACCGCCAGAUCGAGUUCUGCCAGGCCGAGCUCGAGUUCGUCCUCCGCCAGCUCGAGCUCUGCCGCGCCCAGGCUCAGGCCCAGCAGGAGGCCGCCAUGCAGCAGAUGAUGGAUCCCGGGGCGGCGGGGGCUGGGGCGGGGCCGGUCGGCUGCGACAUCGUGAGCCGGGGGGAUCUGCUGGGGCAGGGGUACGGCUAUGUCCAGCCGACCGCCGGCCAUCCGGGCCAGGAAGUGGAAGGUUAUAUCGGUAAUGGCCAGGACGGGAACGAUCAGGCGUCUUUGCAGGAUUUCGGUGCAUGGGCCAUGCAGGUCUCCACGUUCCCGUCGGACUUUCAGAUCAAGCAGGGGUUUGAAGGUGGAUGUGAUGAUAUGAGGCCCAUUAUGGACAUUGCAGACGACAGGAACGAUGGCCUCAAUUUGGAAGGCGAAAUCAUCGACGAGAGAAGCGAUCAUCAUCAAGCCAUCUUGGAAGAUCACAAAACGGAGCUAACAGAAGAAGAAGAUGAUCCCCGCCAACAAGUCCUUGAUCACGAUCUGAAAGGCGCGGCUACUUUAUUCACCCUCACAAAUUGUACAAGCUAG